AUGAAUUCCAUUAACAACCCAACAGCCGUUCCAAGAAUCACCACCCUUCGACAAGAGCUCAACUAUGGCGAUGGAAAAUCGUUCCAAUGCCAGGCCUUUUACGAUGACUUGCGUGCCUAUCGUAAGAAGUUCGUCAGCAGUACUGGUCUGGAAGGCAGUCUUCUCCAUGAUUGGAAGUCGCGAGAUCAUCAGACUGCGCUAGGGGAGAUGACUCGAGCAUUUCUUCAACGGGAUGGGAACGGACAUCGAUACUGGCCAGACGACGAGACGUCGGCUCAUUACAACGGUUUGAGGUACUCCUCUGACCACGCAAAGAUCAAGCGCCUACUGAAGCAACUAUUCUUUCGACUGAACCUUCAGCAGUAUCGCAACACCAAGUACAAGAAGAACAAGUCCGAAGAGGGAAACCAACAAAAACGGAGUGGCAAGACUCCGAGUGACGCGAUUGACUUGGACCAUAUCGCUGAGGGACCAUCGAACUUGCUUGAUUCCGACCCAGAGGACUCUCCAAGGUCUGCAAAGAACCCAAACACUACAAUCAGUUCCGAUGUCAACACUGCCGAUGUCAACACUGCCGAUGUCACUAAUCCCUUACUGCCUGGCUCUCAACAUCAUCCUGGCUCUACGUCAGAGCUUGGGAAAGACCCAUACCAUGUGUCUGGAAGCCCAGAGCCAAGGUUUGCUCUGCAAGUACCACCUCAGCUAGGGCAACCGAUGUCCGGAACCAUGAGGGCUCCGCCGGGGCAAACGCGUCGAUCCGUCUCCCACUCCGAGGAUGAACCGCGAGCCAAACGAGCCAAAACAGGCGGCUUUUCCUGUACUUCCAAAACAACCUCUGUGUCGACAGAGCUCAACGGGGAUCAUGCGGAACUGUUUGUCAACAGAUAUUCGCCGCGUCGCAGAAAACAACGGCUCUUCCCUGAUAUGAUACCGAUAGAAGAGGCAUGCCGAUCACCCAAGAGCACUUCAAGCUCAGCUGUUACUGGAGACGUCGAAGCGUCCGGCCUUGAUGCCGAAUCCUUGGUCAAUGAGCCCUCAACAGCCGUCCAACCGCCCGUACGCCCGCCUCGACCAACGGUCGAAGAUGUUUUCGACGAAGAGAGCUUACGCAGCUACAUUAGCGACAUGGUCAAUAGGCUGAACGACGAGUCGGGGUUACAUACAACCGAAGCGGCCUUCCAGUCAACGGCCAUCACCACCGCGCCGCUCGCGCUAAUGCUCCCGGACAAGGCAACUUUCGCACCCCCUUCGCUCGCAUCCCCUACCACGGGGGAUGCCCCCUCCUCACGUCCAUCGCCGGCUCUUGCACCUCCCCUUGCACCUCCCACCACCACGAGAGACGGACAGGAGAAAGGUGAGGCGGCCAAGGAAGAAAAGGACGCAAGCAUGGGCCCGCCCGCCAACAAGAAGCCGCGAGUCGAUUUCGUGUACCGCGUGAUCACGCGGCAGCCGGCGUAUCGGGGCGACCCCUGGGUGCCGACGGGGAACUUCCGAGACAAGUCCAUCUCUGAGCUGGAAAGCGAGCUCCCGCUACGGGUCGAGGCGGCCGACCUGGUCGCGCUGCGGUUCGUGCUGCUCCACGUGGGCACCGAGACGCGGGCGGAGCAGAUCGUCCCGCGCGGGCACGACGAGAAGUUCGCCGCGGCGAAGCGCUACUUUGACGGGGUCAUCCGGAGCUGCAUCGCGAGGACGGCGGGCGGGGGCCAGGCGCUGAUCGAGUUUGAGAUCGAGGCGAUGACGGACGAGAAGCCGGUGGUGGACGACGCGUUCGAAGAGGCAUUCGACUGGUGA